GAUAAAAUGGAAACAGAGAAUGGAACAGUGCUGAGUGAAUUCAUCCUCACGGGAAUCACAGACCGCCCCGAGCUGCAGGCUCCACUGUUUGGGCUCUUCCUCGUCAUCUACGUGACCUCAGUGGUGGGCAACUUGGGCAUGGUCAUCCUCACCAAGGUGGACCCCAGGCUGCAGACACCCAUGUACUUCUUUCUCAGGCACCUGGCUCUUACUGAUCUGGGUUAUUCCACAGCUGUAGGACCCAAAAUGUUGAUGAAUUUCGUUGUGGAUCAAAACACAAUCUCUUAUUAUAUGUGUGCCACGCAGCUGGCUCUCUUCAUUGUGUUCAUCAUUAGUGAACUUUUUAUUCUGGCCGCAAUGUCCUAUGACCGCUACGUGGCCAUCUGUCACCCCCUGCUCUACACGGUCAUCAUGUCACAAAGGGUGUGCCGGGUUCUGGUGGCAAUCCCCUACCUCUAUAGCACAUUCAUUUCUCUUCUAGUCACUGUAAACAUUUUUAAUUCAUCCUUCUGCGGCUGUAAUGUCAUCAGUCAUUUCUACUGUGACAGUCUCCCCAUAUUAUCCCUGCUCUGUUCAAACACACAUGAAAUUGAAUUAAUCAUCCUGGUCUUAUCAGGAUUUAAUUUGAUUUUCUCUCUUCUAAUAGUUCUUGUGUCUUACCUGCUCAUCCUUGCAGCUAUUCUCAGGAUGAGCUCUGCUGAAGGCAGGCACAAGGCUUUUUCUACCUGUGGAUCCCACCUGACAGUGGUCACCGUGUUCUACGGGACUUUGAUAUUUAUGUAUGUGCAACCAGAGUCCAGUCAUUCCUUUGACACUGAUAAAGUUGCUUCCAUAUUUUACACCCUUGUUAUUCCCAUGUUAAAUCCCUUGAUCUAUAGUUUAAGAAACAAAGAUGUAAAAUAUGCACUACAAAGGACAUGGAAAAAACUUUGCAAUAUCUUUCCUUAA